AUGGUUCCCUUGCGGCACUCCGGAAGAGCCGAGAAACUGUCUCGAGAAGGAUUCUCCAGUAUGAACGGACAACUGUUCGUCCCGUUAGGUAACUUCGAAACCACUCCACAUUCGUCUGGUAAGUUUCAAUUUGCUUCCACGAACGAAUAUAUCUCCUGUAGUUCGUGCUCAGGAAAAAGCAAGCGCCGAUAUAGUCUAGCGGAUAGGCUGGCACGAGUCUGGUCUUGUUACAGCUCGGGAAAACAGUUCCCUUGCUUAAACUUCUAUCGUGGGAAGGAAAAACUUGGGAAACUAAAGUUACAAGUUUUCUCGUUAUUCAGAAAAAAAGAAAAAAAAUCCUAAAAAAAACAUAGAAACAAAAGAGACCGAAGAGACAGAAGAGAAUGAAGAGAUAGAAAAGACAGAAGAGACAGAAGAGACAGAAGAGACAGAAGAGACAGAAGAGACAGAAGCUGCAUAAGAGACAGAAGAGACAGAAGAGAAAAAAGAGACAAAAAAGAAAAAAGAGAAAAAAGAGACAGAAGAGACAGAAGAGACAGAAGAGACAGAAGAGACAGAAGAGACAGAAGAGACAGAAGAAACAGAAGAAACAGAAGAGACAGAAGAGACAGAAGAGACAGAGGAGACAUAAGAGACAGAAAAGACAGAUAAGACAUAAGUGACAGAAGAGACAGAAGAGACAGAAGAGAAAAAAGAGACAAAAGAGACAAAAGAGAAAAAAGAGACAGAACUGAGAGAAGAGACAGAAGAGACAGAAGAGAUAAAAGAGUUUGA